CGCUCAGGCCUUUGCACUUGUGCGCUGACCAGUCUCCGACCCGAAGACCGCAAGCAGGCUCUUCUGAGCACCCUGAAACAGAGCAACGGCCAUCGUCCCUCGUGCCUGGAAGAGUCUGCGCGGCCGUUCACGUGUCGCGAAGAGACACGAUCGCGUUCCAACAGCAGCCUAGCCAGGCCCAGCCACUGGUUCCUCCCGCUCAGCAAAGCAACACGAAACCCUUUCGUCAUACAUCGCGUGUCACUCGCCUCGACGUGACCAAACUCGACGCGUGCCAUCCAGCGUGGGGCCACAUACGCGCAACGUGACCUGGGCUCGACGCUGCGCCUCAGGUCAGGCCCGCUGUCGUGCUUCUUUGUGUCGCCAUCGCUAGCUUCUUGUCCACCACUCUUACAUUGCACGCUGCUACCAUGGCCUCGCAGGUAGCCCCCGCAGGGCCCAGCGCGGGGGCCGCUAAUGGCAGCGGCAGCAAUAGCACCAAUGGGGCCCCGGUCCCGUCAGCUGCCAAUGGCCCUGGUGCCUGGGGCGCGUCAGCAAACGGGCUCUCAGCUGCUGGGCAGCCACCGCAAAAAGGAUCUCUGCAGGCCAUCCCAGCGCAGCUAUUGCAGGUCGUGCAGAACAUUGACCCUACCCAAAUCAAGCAGAUGAUCCAGCGAAUACAAGAGUUAAGGGCAAAAGGGGAGACCGCGACUGAAGAGUACAAGCGCUUGUUCGGUAUUCUCGGAGCUGUGCAGCAGUUUCAACAGCUACGAUCGCAACAGGAACACGCGCGGAGACUACAAGCACAGGCGCAUGUCCAGCAGCAAGGUCAGUCCGCAGCGAAUGGAUCUUCAGCAGCAUCACAGCCGUCGGGCUCUGCUGCGCCUGGGGCGUCUCGAACAAUCACAACUAGCUCUUUUGCAGUUGCCGCUGCUUCGAGUUCUGCGCCGAAUGGCGCGUCCGUCGCGCCAAAGGCCGAUGGCAUAAGCGUCGCAAAUGGUAUCCACAGCGCCAUUAAUACUCCUGCUGCUUCGUCGCCCGCCAUGAAUGGGCCUUCUGCUGCACCCUCUCUCCAAGCAUCAGCGGCAUUCACACCCGAGCAGAUGUCUGUACUGCGCUCGCAGAUGCAGGCUUUCCGACUUCUCUCACGGAAUGUGCCUCUUCCACCCAACAUUCAGACAGCCAUCUUGGCGCCGAACAAGGCGAUCGAUGACCUGAAGCUUCAGAUUCCCGAUCUGUCCCCGCUUGGUACGGCAGGCAAGGUAGCACAAGCUGCCGCUGAGAGCCAUCUCGCAGCACGUGUGGUGCAAGCGGUCAAGAACGGAGACCCAGUUGUGAAUGAGGUCGGGCCGGACGGCAGGAAGAAGGAGAUCGAUGCGAAUGCGUUGACGAAGGUAGCUAAACCAGAGCCGCAGCACAAUCCGGAGAGCAAGGUAUAUCCGUACAACUCGUUCGUUCACCCCUUCACUUAUCUGUCCAAAGCCAGCUUGGGCCCUGGCCACUACAUUGCCACGAGUCAACAGCGAAUACUCGUUCCGAGCCUCAUGCCGGCUGGACUCGACAUUGGGCAGUUAAUGGACGAACGCAACCGAUUCGUCAAGGCGCGCAUACAUCAGCGAAUCUCGGAGCUGGAGAGCAUGCCGUCGACCAUGAGCCAGAAGCCGCCAUUGAAAGAUGUGCAAGCGAGCCCAGCAGGGGCCAGCGCCGAGCGCGGUAUCAAGGGAAAGCUGUUCGACAGUGCUGAGAAGCAUGCGAACGCCAAAGUCAAGGCGCUUAUCGAGCUGAAGUCACUCUACCUCCUCGAAAAGCAGAAAGCGCUGCGCGAGCAAGUCGUGCGCAGCAUGUCGCACGCAUCGACACUUGCGCUCGACCGCACGGCUUUCCGGCGCUUCAAACGGCAGACCCUGCGUGAUGCACGGAUGACGGAGCAGCUUGAGCGCAAGCAGCGACUUGAUCGCGAAAAGCGGGCCAGGCAGAAGCACAUCGACUAUCUGAACACGAUCUGCAACCAUGGGCGCGAUCUGAUUAAUGCGCAUCGGGGAGCGCAGAGCGCGGCUCAGCGGCUGGGUAAGAUGGUCCUCAAGCUGCAUGUGGACACGGAGAGAGAGGAGCAGAAGAGGAUUGAGAGGAUUGCCAAGGAGCGUCUCAACGCAUUGCGAGCCGAUGACGAGGAGGCUUACCUGAAGCUCAUCGACACGGCCAAAGACACGCGUAUCGCGCACCUGCUGCGUCAGACCGACGUUUACCUCGACAACCUUGCCCAGGCUGUUCAAGCGCAGCAAAACGAUGAUGUUCAUGCUGAGGCGAUCGCCAAUGCUCAGGCCGGCUUGCCACCUCCUGGCGAGGCUGGCACAGACGCCAAUCAGCAGGUCGGGGUGCAGGUGGACGAAUCCAUGUUUGGAGCGACCCGUCAAGACGACCCGUCAGAGGACUCGGGCAAGGUAGACUACUACUCUGUGGCGCAUCGCAUCACUGAGACAGUUACGGAGCAACCGUCCAUCUUGGUUGGCGGAAAGCUCAAGGUGUACCAGAUCAAAGGUCUGCAGUGGAUGGUGUCGCUCUUCAACAACCGCCUCAACGGUAUUCUUGCCGACGAGAUGGGUCUUGGCAAGACCAUUCAGACGAUUUCGCUAAUCACCUUCCUCAUCGAGGCAAAGCGCCAGCCAGCGCCAUAUCUCGUAAUCGUGCCCCUCUCGACGCUGACCAACUGGGUUAACGAAUUUGCCAAGUGGGCGCCGAGCGUUGGCGUCAUCGUUUACAAGGGUUCGCCGCCUGUGCGCAAGACGUUGGCGACGCGCAUCAGGCAGGGUGGCUGGCAGGUGCUGUUGACGACGUAUGAGUACAUUAUCAAGGACAAGCAGCUCCUCGGCAAGAUCAAGUGGAUUCACAUGAUCAUCGACGAGGGUCAUCGCAUGAAGAAUGCUGGCUCCAAGCUUUCGCUCACCCUCACCCAGUUCUACGUCACACGGUACCGUUUGCUUCUGACGGGUACACCACUGCAGAACAGCUUACCAGAACUGUGGGCGCUACUUAACUUUGUCUUGCCCAAGAUCUUCAACUCAGUCAAGAGCUUCGACGAAUGGUUCAAUACCCCAUUCGCCAAUGCAGGCGGCGCAGACGGCAGCAUGCAGCUGAACGAAGAAGAGCAGCUGCUGAUUAUUAAGCGUCUGCACAAGGUCUUGCGGCCGUUCUUGCUCCGUCGUCUCAAGCGCGACGUUGAGUCCGAACUCCCAGACAAGGUCGAAAAGGUGAUCAAGUGCCCGAAGUCUGCAUUGCAAGCCAAGCUCUACCACCAGAUGACGAAGCACAAGACUUUCUUCACCGGCGAGGAGCUCGGCAAGAGUACCGGUAAGAAGAUGACUGGCAUCCGUGGGCUGCAGAACGCAAUCAUGCAAUUGAGGAAGAUAUGUAAUCAUCCGUAUGUCUUCGAGGAAGUUGAGGCGGCCAUCAACCCGGAAAAGACCAACGGCCCGGAUCUCUACCGUGUCGCUGGUAAAUUUGAGCUACUCGACCGCAUCCUGCCCAAGCUCAAAGCGACGGGUCACCGCGUGCUGAUGUUCUUCCAAAUGACUGCCAUCAUGGACAUCAUGGAAGACUACCUGCGAUGGAAGGCGCUCACCUACUUGCGACUCGAUGGUAGCACCAAGCCCGAAGAUCGUUCCAAGCUACUCGAAGCGUUCAACGCGCCCAACUCGGAAUACUUCAUGUUCAUCCUCUCCACCCGCGCCGGUGGUCUCGGUCUCAACCUGCAGACGGCUGACACGGUCAUCAUCUUUGACUCCGACUGGAACCCGCACCAGGACUUGCAGGCGCAAGAUCGUGCGCAUCGUAUCGGCCAGAAGCAGGAGGUGCGCAUCUUGCGUCUCGUGACGGAAAAGUCGGUCGAGGAGAAGAUUCUGGAGAUUGCACACCGCAAGCUAGAUAUGGACGGCAAAGUUAUCCAAGCUGGUCGUUUCGACAACAACGCGACGAACGAGGAGCGCGAUGUCCUCUUGCGUGCCAUGCUCGAAAGCGCUGAGGAUGAGGAGGACGAGGAGGAGAGCGAACUUACGAACGAAGAGCUCAACCAGCUCAUUGCUCGUGGCGAGGCAGAAGAGAAGCGCUUCAAUGAAAUGGACCAAGAGCGAGAACGCCAGGAGCAGGCUGAUUGGAAGGCUGCAGGAAACAAGGGAAAGCGGCCUGAGCGUCUCAUUACCGAAGCCGAACUACCCGAACACUUCCAGCAGAGCUUCGAAGAUGCUAUUGCUGCCUACGAAGAACGCGAGGAAGAGCCUUCUGUGCGCAAGCGCACCGUUGUGCGCUACAACGACGACCUCACCGAGGACCAGUUCCUUGCUGCUGUCGAGAACGAGCAGGACCUCACCGAGGUGGUCGAGAAGAAGCGUGCGGCAGCGGAGAAGCGACGUCUCAAGAAGCUUGCGCGUGAGGAAGGCGGGAGCUCGACGCCUGAGCCGGGCAAGCGCGGACGCAAGUCGAAGGGCUUUGACGAGGAGACACCAGAGGGCUCACCGGCUCCGGGGCGGAAGCGGAAGCGCACAGCUGACACGGAGACGCCAGAGCCGGAUGAGAGCCACUCGUUUUCCCGUCGCGGCCCUGCCCCAGGCGGCAAGAGGCAUAAGGGCAGCGCUAAUACCGAUAUGCGAGAGGCUGUCAAUCAGGCGCUGGUAACUUGCUAUAGGGCUUUGGAGACUUGCAUCGAGGAGGAGACAACCCGGAAGCGUUGCUCGCUCUUCCUUGAUUUGCCCAAUGCCAAGCUGUACCCGGAUUAUAGACAGAUUAUUGCUCAUCCAAUCUGCAUGCGGCAGAUUAAACGGCGCAUCGACAACCGCACUUACCGCGACGUGGCAUCGUGCAAGAGCGAUAUCCACCUGAUGUUUGACAAUGCUAGGAUCUACAACCAGGAAGGGUCGUGGGUCUGGAACGAUGCCAACAUCCUGCAGAAGGCGUUCGAUGACAAGUACGACGAAGUCAUCGUUGGCUCCGGCUUACCGGGCGAUGAUGGACAGAGCGCGAGUGCUGGCUCUGGCGCCUCUGUGGCCAAGGCUGCUGUGCCGCCUACUGGCAUGCAGGUUGACGAGCAGGACGAUGACGACGAUGAAGACCAGGUGGAUGGUAGGGACAAGGAUGGGGACGAUGAUGGGGAUGACGACGAUGAUGACCGGGACAGUGGUGCCACAGCUACCCCUGCCAGUGGAAGUGGGGCGGCCAUGGGAACAGGUGGUGGUGGAGGCAAGAAGUCGCUCAAGCUAAAAUUCUCCAAGAGGCCUGCCGCCACGUCCGAUGACGAUGAUGACGAGCGGUAAACUGCAUGGUAAAGAGAGCAAGCGAGUGGCUCCUUCGCGAGGUUCCAUCGGGGCAGCCAGUACGCGAAGAAUACAUGUGUGAUUGCAGUACAUACAAUCCCGUCUCCAUUUUGUUGGUCUCAACUGGGCUGCAGUAGAUGAACUUCGCAUGCACUCGCAAAUGCAAGUGAAGAGUACAAAUCUGAAAGCGGAUCGUUCUUAGUCGCACGGCUUGACAGUGUUCGU